AUGAUUCACGAUAUUCUGUUCACUUUAUUCUCCUCCAAUGCCGAGCUGCCGAUCGAAAAUUUUACGAUCCCCGAAGUGGCAUCCACCUUCUUGCACCCGGGUGAAAUACACAUCCUCGAAGAGCUACUACGCAUUGCCAACCAGUAUAAGGAGAUCAAAAAAUUCAUACAGCAGUAUGGGACACUGACGGCUGGGCUGCUGAAACCGAAGCAACAGAAACCCACGGAGGAACCGCUUCCGCAGGGUCUCUAUCUGCAGGCGUUCGUCGAUGGGCUGGAGCUGGUGGUAAAACCGUACCGAGAUCUGGCGGUCGAGCUGGAGGCCAAGUAUCUCAAGCGGCCGAAUCUUUCGCUCAUGUUCAUCUUUCACCAAGUAAGCCAGUAUCGAUCGUUGUUUGGGUUUCUUCUGCAACUCGUUAGCGGCGUGGUGACGCAAAGGAUUCACGGGUGCGCCUUGCUGCCCUACCUGCAGCAACACUGUCUGCACGGGAACGAUGCAAACUAUCAGGCGGUCAAAACAAUUCAAAAGUCGGUGUACGUCAUCUUCCUGAAGCAACUGUACGGUUGGCUAAUGCACGGCAAGUUUGUCGACCACUACGGCGAGUUCUUCAUUCAGCAGGUGGAAAGCAACCCGAAGGGAUCGAUCAGCACCGGUGGCCUACAGCAGCGCACGCAAACAUCCGUCAACACGUUCUCGGACAGUGCGAGCAUCAACUCGGAACUGUGGCGGUACGAAAUCCGUCGUGAGAUGCUACCCUACUACUUUCCAGCCAGCUGGGCCGAGAAGGUCCUGUUCGUGGGCCAAACGGUGCUGAUGUGUCACUUCGACCCGCGGCAGCAUACGAUCGAUCGGGGGGCGCGGCGAGCCCCGAUCGCCGGCCGUAGGACGGGCGGAUUGUCGGCGGCCGCGAAGGACAAUCUUUGGGGCGAACAGGAGCAGGAACUGUUCCGCAAGUUUCACCAGCUGCAAAACGAAGAGAAUCUCAACGUGACCAAGUUCGAGCAUCUGGUUGACGAAAUCAAGGAGCAAGUGACGAUGCAUAUGUCGGUCAUCGUGGUGGAGGAGGCCGACCUGGUACGCCAGCUGCGCUUGAUGAAGGAUUUCUUUCUGCUCGGCCGGGGUGAACUGUUCUCCGAGUUUCUCGUACAAACGCAAUCGCUCAAGCUGCUCAUCGGGAAGGAGAUCAACGAUGGAACCGCCCGUGAUCUUAACCGUGCCCUUCAGCUGGCCGCCAACAGUAUCAACGUCGGGGAAGACAUCGAACAGUUUUCAUUCGAGCUGCCCGGGAACGACGAAGUGGAGGAAAGCAUUUGCUACGACACCAAGAGCGCCAUCGGGAACAUAAUGCUCAAGUAUAAGGUCAAGUGGCCGUUGCACCUACUUUUUUCACCCAAGAUUCUCGACCGGUACAACGAAAUGUUCCGGUUUCUGUUGCGCAUCAAAAAGAUCCAGCACGAUCUGCUGCAGAUCUGGUCGUAUCAGCGUGAAAAGCGCAUCAAACACAACUCGGACGUGGUGCAGCUGCGCAACAAGUUGAUGUUUCUGAUCAACAACCUACAGUACUACCUGCAGGUGGACGUGCUGGAGAGCCAGUUCGCCAUUCUCCUGGGGGUAAUAAGCCACACCACCACCAGGCCGGCCGACUUCGAACGGAUUCAACGAGCGCACACGAUAUUCCAGGUGAAUGUGCUCAGCUUAUGCUUCCUGCUGGCCAGUUCAAGCGCUAGCGAACCAUCUUCCUCACUCGGCACAACGACCACCAUGGCCGGUGUGAUACAGGUGCAGGAAAAUCCGGUGCUCACAAUUCUCGAUAGUAUCCUUUCGAUCGUCGAUCGGUUCUGUUCGUUCUGCAUGCUCUGCAAGGAUCCGAUGACAAAGAUGGAACGCCAGGAGUUUGUAACCUACGAGCAAGGGUUCAUGAACCACGUCGAUUCUCUGUUGAAGCUUCUCAUCGGUCUCAAGGCGGGCCCUAGUAGUGCGCCCUUAUCUCAGUUAUUACUUCGCCUGGAUUUCAACCAUUGGUUCAGUUCCAACACACAAACAACUGCUUAGUUGGAGU